UAUAUAUAUAGGGUCUGUGAGAAAUACUUUCUUUUGCGAGACAAAUGUUAUUUGACGAAAAUACCCUUCACAAAUCGAGUUAACAUUUUCAAUUUGGCGGAAAUAACACCCACCCAUUAUCAGACAGACGGCUUUGCUUCAUGUGGGACCAUCUUUUUCAUCUCUAUCUCCAAUUCUGUGACCAUGAACUUUUGAGUUCAAAGGUGGGAAUCUUUGAAUGAAUGCAGUGCACAACUCCAACUCGGACAUGGAUUAUCUGAGUAUGGAUUGGACACCAUGAACGAACACCUACAUAUGACGUGGGACCUAGUAAUGUGGCCACCUUAGACGGACACCUACAUAUAAACGAACACCCACGACUCGAGAAGCACGUUCCCUCUCUAGACGACACCAUCGAACGGUGUAUAGGAAGUUUCGGGUGGGCUCAGCUCCUGCAAGCCAUCCUGGUCUCCUUCACAUGGGUCUUCGAUGCCUAGCAGACCUUCAUUAGGGUCUUCACCGACGCCGAGCCCACCUGGCAUUGCUCUCGCCAAGACGACCCCUCCUGCAACUCUGCCGCCAACCUUUGCUUACUUCCCAAGGAUGCAUGGGCCUGGGAUAAGCCGUCACGGAUAUUCGUCCUGUCGGAAUGGAACCUCGCCUGCACCGGCCCCAUCAUCGCUGGGUUACCGGCGUUGUCAUUCUUCGUGGGCUGCCUCGCUGGUGGACUCGUUUCUCGGUCGCAAGAACAUGCUCGUGCUCUCAUGUCUGAAGAUGUCCGUAACUUCUACUUUAAUGGCCUUUUCUCCCAACAUUUGGGUCUACGCCGCCUUGAGAUUCGUCAACGGGUUCGGUCGCGCUACGAUCGGAACUUGUGCGUUCGUACCCUCGACGGAGAGUCUUCAUGGGGACCCUCUAUCUGUGGACGUCCGUGGCAGCCAUCUUUUACUGUAUAAUCAUCCACUUUGCAGUGCGCGAAUCACCGAGAUGGCUCCUGGUGAAAGGACGCAAAGACGAAGCAGUGGAGACGUUAAGAACCAUAACCACGAGGAAUCAAAGUAGCUUCAGGUUAAGCGUGAGCUUCUCCGGCACAUCCAUCGUACCGGAGACGUUUGAUGGCAAUCUCUACUCUGUUAUCAAGGCAUUGGUCGAGAAAAAGUGUAAUACAGGAUGCCUUUGGGGGUCGGAAACCUGGCCUUCAGUCUCUAGUUGAUCGUCACCUUCAAUGCCUUAUCAGAGCUGCCAUCGUCAUUGCUGACGUUCUUUCUUAUUGGAAAAGUGAACAGGAGAAGUUCGCUGCUGGUGUUCACAACUAUAAGCGGGAUUUACAGUAUAAUGUGCGUGGUGGUGGGUGAGUCACGACAGAAAUUGCAGGUGGCGGUGGAGCUGGUGAGCUUCUUUAGCACGUGCAUGAUGUUCAGCGUGUUGCUGAUAUACACACUGGAGUUGUUCCUGACGUGUAUGAGGAACUCGGCAUUGUCGAUGGUUAGUCAGGCGCUGGUGUUCGGCAGGGUGUUCAGUCCGGUGUUGGUAGCCGCCGGGAGGAAAGAUGGGUUCUUAUGACACGAUGGAUGAUUGCAAGGGAGAAAUAAGGUGAGAAAACGUAUA